AUGGCUCCUACACCCACUGUUUCCCGGUUCACCGCUCAUACGAGCACCCUCGCCAAGCGGGGCGUUUCGAUAGACGGCUGGAGAGGCACAUUGAUCAAGACAUGCAUCGUACUCGCCGCGCUGUUUGUUUUCUUCCGUUUGCUUGCGUGGCUCUUCUGUAAACGGCAAAAGCAAGCUCGCGAGAGCUACCCUUGGAGCAUGCUCCAUGACCACUGGUAUCGUGCCGACCAAAAGUGGCGCAAAGCCCACGGCAAGAAGUGGUGGUGGCCUUUGGUCAACAAGAAAGUUCCAAAGGACCUGGGCCCUCGGCCCCGCAUGAUCAUACCCCUCGCGUCCUCGGAGGAUUCCCCGGUGGACUUGGAGAUCGAGAAUGUGGAUAUCCCCGGGCUUCCACCCAUGGCCCUUGUGCGCUUACCGCGUCUGUGA